AUGUUGCCACUUCCAAGGGGGGAGUACGAGGUUUUCCUGAGUUUCAGAGGUCCAGAUGUCCGCACGACUUUUGCUGAUUUUCUGUACGAGUAUCUGGAUCAUUCCAAGAUCCGUACUUUCAUCGACGAGGAGGAGCUUCGUAAGGGAGAGGAUAUUGCCCCUUCCCUCGUCCAUGCUAUCGAGGAAUCCAAGAUCUACAUCCCGAUUCUUUCCAAAGACUAUGCUGCAAGCAAAUGGUGUCUUAAAGAGCUAGCUCUCAUGGUGAGAUGCUUCAAGCAAGGGAAGGGGCACGUCAUCCUCCCCAUUUUCUACAUGGUCGAACCCAGGGACGUGCGACGCCAAGUUGGCGCUUACGAGGAAGCAUUUCGUGGACAUGCCGAGGAAUACGAUGCCGCCAUGGUUGAGGAAUGGAAGGAAGCUCUGGCAGAGGUUGGGAAAAUGAAGGGGUGGCAUGUGACUGAGAUUCAUAAGCAGGGAGCUAUCAUAGAUGACGUUUUCUCUAAGGUGUGGUCGCAAUUGACGAGGAAUUACACAUUGGUGACGGACGAGCUGGUUGGGAUCGAUUCACAUGUAAGGAAAGUGACAGAGCUGCUCGAGUUAAACCAUGGCGGACCUAAAAUUGUUGGUAUCCAUGGUAUGGGCGGAAUCGGUAAGACCGCCAUUGCUAAAGCCAUCUACAAUAAGGUGUGUGCACAGUUCGACCGCCAUUGUUUUCUGAAAGAUGUACGAGAAACACUAUCGGACAAGAAGGGAGGUGUCCUUGCUCUGCAAAAUGCAGUCAUCUCAAGCAUUCUGAGGAGCAAUGAUCACCAAGUUGCAGAUGAUGAUGAAGGAAUACAUGUUAUAAGGAACAGGGUCUGCAAGCACAAGGUUUUGAUCGUCAUCGACGAUGUGGAUGAUCGGUUUCGGUUCGAGAAGAUUUUCGGGAGAUUGGAAAAUUUCUCGUCUGGAAGCAGAUUCAUUGUCACCACGAGAGAUAAAAGAGCUAUGGAGUUCUUUCAAGAAUACGAGUUGUAUGAACCUAAAGGAAUGAGCGAGGAACAUUCUUUCCAGCUCUUCGCCCGACAUGCCUUUGGAGUGGAUUGCCCUCCAGACGACUAUGUUGAUUUGUCCAACGAAUUCGUAAGAGUCGUGGAAGGCCUCCCUUUAGCUCUCAAGGUCAUAGGAUCACUCUUGUUUCGUAAAGACAAAAGCUUUUGGAAAGCAAAGUUGAGACAACUGGAAGACGUACCUCCAUCCGAAUUGCAGGAGGUACUGAAGAUAGGUUAUUCGGAGUUGACUCUCGAGGAAAAACAAGUUUUCCUCGAUAUUGCUUGUUUCUUCAUCGGAGAAGAAAAGGAGAGGCCUUUCUAUAUGUGGAGUGAUUGCGGGUUUCAUCCAGAAAUCACAAUCAACACCCUUAUCUUGAGGUCCUUAAUAAAAGUUAACAACAGUGGUGAGGGAGGUGAGUUCUGGAUGCAUGAUCAUGUCAGAGAUCUCGGAAGAGCUAUCGUUCGUGAUGAAGAUACUCGACGUCCAUGGAAACGUAGCCGGAUAUGGAACACAGAGGAUGCCUUGAACAUUUUAACACAUGAAAAGGGAACUGAUCGAUUGGAAGCCAUGAGAAUUAACAUGGAAGAUGAAAAUGCAGAGGAGCUGACAAGUAGACAUUUUGCCAAGUUGUUUGGGUUGAGAUAUCUUGAAGUGGUGGGUGGAGGAUUGGUUGGCAAUUUCAGAGGAAUUCUUCCAAACAUCCGUUGGUUUCAACUGCACGAUUGCACUUCAAUCCCUGAUGAUCUGGACAUGAAGAAGUUGGUUGUUUUCGACAUAACCAAUUGCCCUGUAACAGAUGACUGGAGAGCAUGGAAGAGAUUUAAUAAGGUAAAUAACCAUUCAAAGAUGUUGGUUAUCCUCUUGAUCUGCUCUGUAUUAUCAUCCUUGGAACGCUUGGACCUCGGGCUGGAAAUGCGCGAGGAGUCGAAGCUGAAGAAAGUGGUGCCAAGACUCCCCACCAGUUUAAAGCAGCUGUCACUCUCAUCCUCCAGGGUCCCCAACCUUCUGGAGCUAUGGAACCUGGAGGAGUUGUGCUUCAAACACUGCGAUGACCUCGAGAUCCCUGGGGAUAUAUGGAGGCUGUCAAAGCUGAAGUCUCUGGAGCUGUCGUUCUGCUCUUGUGAGAGCUUACUAUUGGAGGACGGGAGUGAAAUGGCUUCCCUCCCAUCAUCUCUAACCCACCUCGACAUUUCUACUUGCUCUCCUUUGGAGCGAUUGCCGAGUCUUGCUAAUCUUGUUCACUUGAAGGAGAUGCAGUUGUGUGCUGUUGGAGUUUUUGAGAUUCCUGGACUGGGAGAGCUGAAAAUGCUGGAGACUCUGGAGAUAUAUGGUGCCCGAAACCUCACUCACCUCGAUGGCUUUCAACGCUUAGCAUCACUCAAGACAUUGUCCCUGCAGGGCUGUCCGGUUCUGGAGAAACUGCCCAGCCUCUCGAACUUGACCAAGUUGCACAGCCUGACCAUCUCAUUCUGCAAGCUUCUGUCUGAAAUCCAAGGGCUAGGCCAAGGUGAAUCAUGGGAGCAUGAUCUAUUAGAGAUGGAGAUAAGGGGUUGUCCUAGCUUAGCAAUCGGCCAGGGUACUAUUCUUCUAGCUUUCCGGUCUGGGUUAGGAAAACUGAAGAAGCUGGUUUUGGAUCUUUCGGAGAUCCACGAAGACCACAUUCCCACCCUUGAUCUCUCUGGUCUCCACAAUGUCCAGGAGGUAUCCAUUACCGGGUCCAGCUGGCUGACCAAGGUCGAGGGACUCGAGAAAUUGGAGUCCUUGGAAUCACUUUGUAUGUCGAACUGCACGUCGAUCCGAGAGUUGUCCUGUGGAGCUGGUCUGAAGAAUCUGAAGGACUUGCAACUGGACGGAUGCACGCAGCUGACCAGGGUCAUAGGGCUGGAGAGGUUGGAGUCGUUAGAUCUCUUAAAUAUGUCAGGCUGCAGAUCGAUGGAGGAGUUGCCGAGUCUGUCCAUGUUGAGAAGCCUAACGACUUUGAACAUUGAAGGAUGGACACAGCUGAAUGAGGUGGUGCAACUGGACACAUCAGAGUCGCUGAGAUUGCUGUCAAUGGGCGGCUGCACAUCCAUCAAGGAGUUGGAGUUAUCUGGCCUCUUUGAUCUCGAGACUUUGAUUAUCGAUGGAUGCACACAGCUGGCUGAAGUUACAGGAAUGGAAGGGCUGCAACAGCUGGAAUGGGUAGAUAUGUCCAGUUGCCCUUCACUUAAGGAGUUGCCAAAUUUACCCAGAAACAUCAGUACCUUGAAUAUUGACCAGUGCGAGGAAUUGAGCGAGGUGAUGGGGCUUCUCAGAUUGGAGUCGUCGUUGAAAGAGUUGAGAAUGUGCGACUGUUCGUCGGUCAAGAACUUGCCAGAUUUGUCUGGGUUUAUGCAUUUGAGAUGGUUGGAUAUCAGGGGAUGUGUACAGUUGACUGAAGUCGAUGGAAUUGAGAGAUUGGAGUCAUUGGGUACGGGUGUCUAUGUAAAAGGGGAUGAAUAG